UCAUGAACAUUGGCAUUGCACACAAAUGGGAUAAAUUAUCGCCGCGCGAGUUUUUACAGCUACAGGAAUUGGCAUCAUAUUCAACGCGCAAGCUACAGGAUGUGCUGCAGGAGUUUUGUGCGCCCAGCGGCGUUGGCAGCGCCAGUGCCACGCCCAAAUGCAUACCAGAUGGGGAGAUUGAUUUCGAUAGUUUUCGUCGCUUUCUGGACGCAUUUCUGGACUGCGAGACACCACUGGACUUGGCCAAGCAUCUAUUUGUGUCCUUUCUCAAGCCGAAUGUCACACAGGCCCAGCUGCAUGGCAAGGCGCUCAAUCAAAUGGCGGCCAUUAGCAGCACGGCCGCCUGCGCGCCCGUCACCUCCCACACCAAGGGAUCCAUACCGAAUAUCAACAGCAUUGCUGAACUGAUGCCGCAGUGCAGUGGUGCUGGUGGUGCCUCUGGUGGUGGCAAUGAUGCACAGGCCCAGGCACGCAGCAGUUUUGUGGACAAAAUCCAUGGCAUUACCGAUAAAUUACAGCAAUCAUUGGGCGGACAUUUAACCCAUGAUCCAAGCAAGACAGGCAGCGUGCAUCCGAUGUUAACGGUUACGCCCAGUCCGCUGGCCAGCGGUCCAAGCAUGUUUCAGUCGAGCAGCGCGGCGCGUCGCUCUGUGGACUCGAGUCCCUCCCACUCGCAGACGAAUCAUUCGCAAAUGUCGCGCAAUUCGUCGAAGAAGAGCAACAAUUCCGUUAAUUGCAAAAUUGAUACUGACAUUAAACUGCUGACACGCAAACUUUCGCACUUUGAUCCGCUGGCACUGAAGGUGCCGCUCAAGGAUGUCGUUUGCUAUUUAUCACUGCUGGAGGCUGGACGACCCGAGGAUAAGCUUGAGUUUAUUUUUCGCUUGUACGAUACGGAUAGCAAUGGCGUGCUGGACACAGCUGAAAUGGAUGCGAUUGUUAAUCAAAUGAUGGCCGUGGCCGAAUAUCUUGGCUGGGAUGUGAGCGAACUGCGUCCGAUUCUGCAGGAGAUGAUGGUUGAAAUUGACUAUGAUGCCGAUGGCACUGUGUCCUUGGAGGAAUGGCAGCGUGGCGGCAUGACAACCAUUCCAUUGCUCGUCCUUUUAGGCGUCGACAGCACCACUUUGAAAGAGGAUGGCAUCCAUGUGUGGCGUUUGAAGCACUUUAGCAAGCCGGCAUACUGCAAUCUCUGCCUAAAUAUGUUGGUUGGCCUUGGCAAGAAGGGACUCUGCUGUGUUCUUUGCAAGUAUACGGUGCACGAGCGUUGCGUGCAACAUGCGCCUGCCUCAUGCAUCACCACCUACGUGAAAUCGAAGAAGCCCAAAAGCGGCGGCGAUCUCUUGCACCAUUGGGUCGAGGGCAACUGCUACGGACGCUGCUCGAAGUGCCGCAAGCGCAUCAAGGCAUACCAUGGAAUCACUGGACUCACCUGCCGUUGGUGCCACAUGAUGCUGCACAACCGUUGCGCCUCCUCGGUGAAAAAGGAAUGCACACUGGGUGAAUAUGCGGAGCUCAUUGUGCCACCCACGGCCAUCUGCCCAGCCGUGCUGGAUCGUCAGCGUUCGGUUAACCAAGCGCAUAAGAAAUCUCAAAUGCAUCAACAUCACCAUCACCAUCAGGCCACACACUUCCAAAUCACGCCGCCCGAUGAGCACAGCUGUCCACUGCUGGUGUUCGUGAAUCCCAAGAGCGGCGGACGCCAGGGCGAUCGCAUAUUGCGCAAAUUCCAAUACAUGCUCAAUCCACGACAGGUGUACGACCUAUCCAAAGGCGGCCCCAAGGAAGGACUCACGCUCUUCAAGGACUUGCCCAACUUCAAAGUCAUCUGCUGCGGCGGCGACGGCACCGUGGGCUGGGUGCUCGAAGCAAUGGACUCCAUUGAGUUGGCCACCCAGCCGGCCAUUGGUGUCAUUCCCCUGGGCACGGGCAACGACUUGGCGCGCUGUUUGCGCUGGGGCGGCGGCUACGAGGGCGAGAACAUUCCCAAGCUGAUGGACAAAAUCAAACGCGCCUCGACUGUCAUGCUGGACCGCUGGAGCAUUGAGGUCACCAAUGCCCCACCCACCGACGAUCUGCGUCCAAAGGUAACAUUGCACUCAAACAUGCAGAAGGUGAUUGAAUUGUCGCAGAGUGUUGUGGUCGACAAAUCGCUGAUGGAGCAAUUCGAGGGCAUGCAGCGUCAAAGCUUCAUGAGCAGCAGCUGCAGCAGUGGCAAUGUGGCAGCAGCAGCAGCAGCUAAACAACAACAGCCACCAACAACAGCUGUUGGCUCCGCAGCAUCGAUUAUGAUGGCAACGGAAUAUACGCGCGAUUUGACAAUGACAAGUGGGCGUGAGGAAUGCGUGGGUGUGAAUAGUACAACAACGACCACAACAAGGACCACGAAGAGCAUUUCGAUGUCCACGUUCGAGACGCAAGUGUUGAGCAACGACAGCAGCAGCAGCAACAAUAAUUCGCCCACGAUGCAAGCAGCAAGCAGAAACAUUGAGCUGCAGGCUGAAGCACGGCAAGUGCCCGUAACGCGAACAGAUGCAACUGAAAUGCAAUCACUUGAGACGCUGCUGUUGCAACAUAAACAACAGCAAAAGCAGCUGCAGUUGCAGCAAGCGGAAAUGGCUACGCCGACAGCUACUGUUGAUGUUGAACUGGAGACGACGCCGCUGGCAGCAGCAGCAGCAGCAGCGGAAGCUGCUGCGUUCGGGAAUAAUCAAAGCGAUAAUAAUAGUGAGCGUAGUAAGCAGCACAACAUCGUUAAACAGCAAAUUACAUUGUCACUGGACUUAACCGAAGAUGAUGCUGAUAGUGCUGAACAGGAGCAGCCACCCAAGACGCCAAAUACGCCCAUAACACCCACAACAACAGCAACGUCGCCCACAACAGCAGCAGCAGCAGCCGCAGCAGCCAGCAGCAGCAACAACAUUCCACAGAAGCCCAUCAAAGUGCAAUCAGACAAGGACUGCACUGUGCCCUACAACAUUAUCAACAAUUAUUUCUCUGUCGGUGUGGACGCUGCCAUUUGUGUAAAGUUCCAUUUGGAGCGUGAGAAGAAUCCGCACAAGUUCAACAGUCGCAUGAAGAACAAACUCUGGUAUUUCGAAUAUGCCACAUCCGAAACAUUUGCCGCCUCCUGCAAGAAUCUGCAUGAGCACAUUGAAAUAACCUGCGAUGGCGUUGCCCUAGACUUGGCCAAUGGUCCGCACUUACAGGGUGUGGCACUGCUUAACAUACCCUACACUCAUGGUGGCUCCAAUUUGUGGGGCGAGCACUUGUCCCAGAAGCGCAUUCGCAAGAGCGCCGGACCCUUUGGCAAGAGCAAGAAACUCAAGUCAAGCGACAAGGAAUUCUCAGCCACAAGCUUUAACUCCGUUGAUCUUUCAGUGGCUAUUCAAGAUUUUGGCGAUCGCUUGAUUGAGGUCAUAGGCCUGGAGAAUUGCCUGCAUAUGGGCCAAGUGCGCACAGGUCUGCGAGCCUCUGGACGCCGCUUGGCGCAGUGCAGCGAGGUUAUUAUAAAAACCAAGAAAACAUUUCCCAUGCAAAUUGAUGGCGAGCCCUGGAUGCAAAUGCCCUGCACGAUUAAGGUAACGCACAAGAAUCAAGUUCCUAUGCUGAUGGCGCCGCGCUCGGAGAAGGGACGCGGCUUCUUCAAUAUGCUGUGCAGCUGAUUCAGGCGCAGCGCAUCGAGCGACUUCAUUGGCCGCCGCCAGCCGCUGGAGUCCGCCGAUGAGCUGGAUGAUGACUUUCGUAUUGUAACCAGAAGCACCACCGUCCAUAAUUUAGCUUAAGAAGCUGCAAAAACAGUUAUUGCUUUAUUUACCAAAAAAUGAAUAUAAACAAUUAAAAUAGUUUCAUGUAGCGUCAAUGCAUUUGUUAGACGAGUGAGUUGCAGAGCUUUAAAUAUUUAAAUUUGAAUGUAGACGCAACCAAACAAAAAUUCAUGCAAUUGAAAGCUUUAGAUGUGCGUAUACACACACACACAUACAGUCACACACAUACACAUGCAUAUAUAAUAUUUAUUAGCGCCUAGCCUUAAGACAAAUCUACACAACAGUUAAGGCAAAAAAGAAACUUGUCCAAUAAUGCAACUAAAAUGAGACCAAAAAACCAAAACAUAGUAGUGCGAAUUUUAAGCAAGCAAACAAAUAUGAAAACACGAAUAAAUAAAUACAUAUACAUAUACAAAUAUUUACAAUUAAAUCCGUCGUAAUUAGUGCGCUGUGUGCUUAAAUUUCUAAAAUAUUUUGAAAGUUUAUAUAUUCUCAGCUGAGUUUCAAAACUGUUUGCACAC